AUGGAAGAUGGAAUUGAGUUCUUGGAAAGCCUCCCAUUGAUGGGCUUUCAAAUGGACGGGUCGCACCUUCACAACGUCCUGAAGAGGGUUAUUCAGGAGCAGCAGAAACAAGCACAAUUCCAGCGCCAAAUGAGUCUUCGUCUUUCCGACAUGGAAGAUGACCUGCGCAGCAUGAACACGCGUCAGAAGGAGUUUGAGAAGGCUCUUGGCAAUUUCGGCCCCGACGCACUCCGGAAGAUGCGUCAGCAGAUUGAAUAUUUGGACGAGGGUCUGGAGAGUGUGGCGCGGGACGUCAAGGAAGCCCGGCAGCUGGCUGAUGAAGCCGCACGUGUCGUUGAAGAUGCAAGUCGUGAGAUACAGAGUGUGGGAAGGGGACUAGGGACCGUGCAAGACCGACAAGACCGUCUUCAACAAGACCUGGACGACACGGCGGGGGAGAUUGAAAAGCAAAACAGGCAGUUUGGCGAGGCCGUGAGGACGGUUGAGCGUGAGCAGGCGGAACAGAUCCAACAGUUAGAAAAUCUUUUUCGUGAUUUUGAGCACAAAAACGGUUCUGGAAAUUUGGAAAAAGUACGUGAAAUGUUAGAGGAACUUUCUGAGCGCACCGACAAGAACUUUCGCAGCGUUGAGGAAAGUGCGCGUGCCGUGGACGCCGAGCUCAACCGUCACCGAUCGGAUCUUAACGGCCUUCAAGCGAACAUCGGGUCUCUAGAUGACAAGGUGCGACAAUAUCUCUCAAACAUUGCGAGGGACGUGGAUGCCAAGUGCCAGAUGAUCCUUAGCACACUACGCGAGCAUGAGAGGAGCUCGCUGGAGAUUGAAGAGCACAUGGUCGCAGCAGGACAGGCACUUGCCCGAAAAAAAGGGCUCAAAGAAGCACGCAGGAGUGAUUCUAUUGGCACACGACGAAAUGUUUGGUAA